AUGAAUGAAAACAACAUUGUUCCAUUCCGAAGUCGAUUCAAACCCAACAACUUAUCCCCAAUUUCAACAAUGAUAAUAAACACAUUCACUCAAAUUUCUACUGUUCCUCUGUGUUCAUGGCAAGCAAGUAAACGACAAACCAUGCGGAGUAAAAGUUAUUGUUGCACGGAAGCAGAAAGCACUAAUAAAAUUUAA